AUGGUUGACGCUAGCGCCUCCUUCAAGAUAUAUUCGAGAGCAGUGGAACGAAAGCCGUUGCCAGAGGAUCCAGUCCUGCGGGCAGAUAUUGAGCAUGUCUUACACCAUGGGUAUGUAAUUAUCCCGAACGCUUUCACCAAAGCCGAAGCGAAAGAAGCUAGAGAUGAAAUUGUUCGACUUCUGGGGGAAGAACCUCUUGGGGGAAGAAACAACUUUGAAGGUAUCAACACGAACAGGAUAUACUCGCUGUUGAACAAGAGCCGAGUGUUUGAUAAAUUUACAAUCUUGCCACGAGUCCUGGCGCUCAAUGACUAUUUCCUGGAUCCUGGAUACCUCCUUUCGGCACUCCACACCAUCUCAAUCAACCCAGGAGAAAAGGCUCAAGCACUGCAUCAUGAUGAUGGCUAUAUCCAAUUCCCAAGACCCAGAUUGCCUUUUGGUUCCGCGAUCAUGGUGGCAUUUGACGAAUACACAGUGCAGAAUGGUGCCACACGAAUUAUCCCGGGGUCGCAUAACUGGGACAGUAAUCGAAGGGGCACGCCGGAGGAGACAAUACCAGCAUUGUGUCCAGAGGGCGGAGUGGUGUAUUUUGUCAGUACUUUGUGGCAUGGUGGAGGAGCCAACGUCUCGAAUCGACCACGGCAAAGUGCGACCGUGCAGUACUGCAAUCCUUACAUUCGACCCAUUGAGAAUCAGAUUCUGGCUGUCGAUCCACGGAAGUUGGAUAAGAUCGACCCAAGGAUUGUGGACAUGAUGGGAUACAAACACAUGGAGCCAUUCAUGGGCUAUGCUGAUGGAUUGGGACCCCGACGGGCUGCAAGAAGGAUGGUACGAUGGUUACAAAAUGACGUCGAUGAGAACCCUCCGACAUUUGCUCACGAGGUACGUGAGUCCAAGAUAUAA